AACCGUCCAUUCGCUGGAAGAGCACUUCGAUUUCUCUUCGCUUCUCCUGCUGCCUGCCUCCAGGCUCCGGCAAGGACGCGAUGCGACCGGCCUUCUCCGCCUCCAAGCCGUCGCCGCCCGGGAGGGAGAAGGGCAGGAGGAAGGCGGCCUCCGCGGCCGAACAGCUGCUCACCGGCCAGGCCCUCCCCCAACGCACCCGCCUCCACGACGCACUCGCCCUCGGCCUCACCAAGUCUGAUGGCCAGGGUGCUAAAAAAUGGCAGUCUUCUGAUGCUGGAGUACAGUCUCACGUGCUCAAAUCGGUGGGUGCAUUUGUCGGUUGUCUUUCAAAUGAACUGCUGAAACUUUCUGUUAUAAAGGAGUCAAUUUCAGAUAUACUUGUAGCUCUGGAAGGCAUUCUUAAGACAAAGAACGUUUCAGUUCUGAUCCAAGCAGCUGACGUGAGCUCAAAGUUUGUCUCCACUUUAGGAAAUUCUGUUCGCCAAUACCCAGUUUUUGAGUUGGUUUCGUCCCUCUCAUGCCAUUUGUCUGCUAACCAGCUACGUAUUGCUGUACCAUGUGCGACUGCACUGACCUGUAUAUUGAACAACUUAACUAUAGCGAGAGCUUCAACUCAGGCAGAAAUUUGGGAGGCUCUGGAGAAAACAAAUGCGGUUGCAAGUGUUAUUUCAGCUCUACAGAAUUACACUGAUGAUAUUCAUCCCCUGAACUAUCUGACAGAGAUGAUAUCUCUGCUAAGAAGUAUACUGUGGAUUUGGCCUUCCUCGAGAUACCAUGUAUGGAGCAACCACAACUUGAUGGAAAAACUAGCAUAUUACUGUCUUAGUGCUGAAACAGCAGUUUCUACAAAAGUUCUGAAGCUAUAUGCUGCUUUAGCUUUAUGUGGCAAUGGAGCGAUGGUCCUUCUUAAGAAUGAAGAGUUGAUCACUAAGAUUGGUGUCCUUAUGGGAAAAUCUCAUCCUACUGUUACUAGGAUUGAAGCAUUGAAGCUCUGCCAGGUUUUUCUGAGAUCUUCAAGGGGCUGCGAUCAGUUGAUGACUGCGCAUUGUCAGCCUAUUGUUCAAGGCAUAACAAGUGCCAUGUCUGAGAUUGAUGAAAAAACAUUAGUAAGAGAGGGAUGCCAGACUGCAUUACUGGCCCUUCGUUAUUCUGGGAAUCAUCAUAGAUGCUUCUGGUUUAAUGCUGUUGAUGAAGUAUUAUAUAAGGUUCUUUCUGGGAGCUGCAGCUCUUCACAUCAUGGCAAGCUGUUCAAUUUAGAUUCCAAAGACACUAUGAAUAUACAUCCCUAUGUAUGGGAUAUACUUGGAUAUCUAGCAGUACAUUGUGACAAUGAGCAACUUUCCGUAGGGAAACGGCGGAAUAGUUUCUUGCAGGGACUGAUAUCAUGUGCUUGCUCGCUAGCGUUGGAUUUAACUCUGAAAAACAGCCCCAUGAAAUUGUCUAAAGAGGAGCACGAGCCGGCUUUGAGGGCAGUUCUUAUGAUGCUUCUCUCUCCUAGUCAAUUCAUUUUCUCUGAGGCAAGUUCUAAAUUUCUGGAAGCUUUGCUACCAUUAGGCAAUGAAUAUAUGAACAUCCUCAUGUCAUCACUAGAAUCGAACGUUACCAGAAAUCUUACGGCAUCUUUUGACUGUAUCAAGAUCAUGACCAACCUCAUGAACAUAGCAUGCUUGUUGAUAGUGCAAUCUAACCAUAGUCUCAACAAGAGGAGUGCUGUAGAUGUAUUAUCCAGCAUUAUUAAGGAAUGUCUGCACGAUCAUUUGUACAUUACGAGAUCAAACUUUGCUUCUCAUCUGCAAUUUUGUUUUGAUGGAAGUUCAUGCUGCCAUCUAUCUGAAGAGUGGGAAGGUGAAAAUAUUGUUUUCUUUUAUGGUCUCGUAGUACUGUUUAAUCUGCUGAAGAGUGACAGUUUUAUUUGUUUUCACUGUAAAAGAAAGAAAGAUGGGGGGAUUGUGUGCCAUGAAUGCAGAGAUUAUUACACCGAAGGUUUGGUUGGAGUCCUCAAUCAUGCCUUGUGUCAAAACAUGAGCCCAGGGCCCAAGUCUUAUAUUGCACAUAUACUGAGUUUGUUUGGCCUCUGUGGUUUUCCAAGCAAGUUGGGAGGAAAUAUGAGAAAUGCUUUGUGUGAUAAUGAGCUAGUCGAUCUGGAACUGUUGCUUGCAGAUGGUGAAUCUCUAAGUGCUCAUGUGGCUAUCCUAUCAGCAAGAUGUCCUAGAUUAUUGCCAUCUGAAAAAUCUUCUGUCCAUGAUGGGUCAGUGAUUAAUUGGGGCAAAGGAUCAUGCUAUCAUGUUCGAAUGUCUGAUCGUGUCGAUAGUCACGCUCUGAAGAAAAUUUUGGAAUAUGCAUACACUGGGUUGGUCACUGUAGAUGAUGCCAUUGUUAAGCCUGUAAAAACACUUGCAAAGUAUUGCCACCUGAGAUCGCUGCACUUGAUGCUUCAGAAAGAGCAACCCAGAUGGCACUCAUGUCCCAUAUAUGAUCUUACUGCAGCACUCGAACCAGCUAGACAUUUAUUCUCGGACAUCAUUUUGGAGGCCCAAUCUAAUGACAAAAUGGAGUGUCACCAUGGCUCGUGCCAGUUAUCGACUCCUCAUAUCCAUAGCCAUAAGAUCGUUUUGAGCGUGAGCUGCGAUUACCUUCGUGCUUUGUUUCAGUCCGGAAUGAAUGAGAGCUUUGCAGAGGUUAUCAGAGUUCCGAUCGGGUGGGAAGCAUUGAGAAUACUAGUUCAGUGGUUCUACUCAGGCGAGCUGCCUAGAGUUCCACCUGAUUGCCGAUGGAAGACUAUGAGUACAGAAGAGAAACUAUCUCUUCUGAAAUCUUACGCAGAGCUGUCAUCCCUGGCUGACUUCUGGUUCCUGGAUGGAGUGAAGGAAGAGAGCCUUGAAGUGUUGACCUCAUGCCUGAAUUCCAGCACAAACGCCUCCCUCGAGUUCAUCGGCUUCGCAGCAAACUUGGGCCAGUGGGAACUGGUGGAGGCUGCCAUCAGCAGUGUGGCGCAUCUGUACCCCAAGCUGCGAGACUCUGGUCGGUUGGAGCAGCUUGAUGAAGACGUGCUCAACAUGCUGCGGGCAGAGUAUGUCAGGUAUUCACAGCGUUGCAACGGAAGAAACUGAAUCAUCGAUGUUAUGGAGUUGGGCUUUUUUUUUUUUUUGAGGCAUUGAGAGAGGUUUGGGGAGUUGGCAUUUGGCACUGAGGAUGUACAGUAUAUGUUGUACAUGCGUAGAAUAGACAUCUUGUGGUGGUGGUACACACAGCUUUUGCGUGUUGACUGUCGACUGGCGAUCUGGAUAUUUGAUUCAGAAGAAGCCAGUGACUGCCUUGCGGCACGACAGUUCAUGGUGUGAUGGCAAAUGGCAAAGAGAGGUGUGUAUGUUUAUAGUUAUUUUAACCAAACAACCUAUAACUUUUUCACAUCACAUAACUUAUGGCAAUUUUCGCGUGA